AUGACCAGACGCAAACGAGCAUCAGCAGCGGCUCCAAACCCACGGAGUCUCAAGUGGUUGCAUCAAUUUGAAACGGUUUCGUAUAGAAGGGGAGACAAGACUUUGGAGCACAAGGUUGAGGUCUUCGGGGACUUUUACAAUGGGACUGAACAUGUUCUCCAGUGCAUAGAUGCAUUUUUGGAUCAGCAUACUUCCGAAAACCUGGACAUUGCCUUCUUUCUACUGCAAGACGUGAUGAAACCGUUGGAAGAAACAUUGGAACAAGGUGUCAAGCAAAUCCACCUUUCGGAUGAUAUGAAUCUACUGCGACAACAAAAAUCGACUUUCAUUCUUAAAUAUGUCGUCCCAAAGAUAUAUUACCACCACAAUUUUGCUGACAUCAAGCAAAUCUUGUGCCGAUCGAUCACUGGCAUUCUAAUUUUGAUCCGAGAGCUCUUCUUUGUCCAUCGUCGGGAUCAGAACAAUACCUCCAAUUUGGUGAAGCAUUUCAAGGCCAAGGAGUUCUUGGCAAAUAUUACACUACAAAUCUGGUCAGAGGUAUAUUACAAACACGGUAUUCCAUUCGUGGAGGACCAAACCCUCCCGUACCUUCGACAACUGGCCAUGUUGGACGUAUUUGACAAGAAUUGGUCGGUAGCCGGGGGCUGGGAACAAUCGAUACUACUAUUGGAGGAGCACUUUGGCAGCCUACCCCGCAUUUCGAGUGACAAGUCACUUGAUGAAACAUCAGAAAUCAUUGAACGGUCCAGAAAUUCAUUGAGGUGCCAGCAACUGCGGGCCGAAUACCCACUUGCCGUUGACUACUAUCUCGAAGAACGCAGAGACCGCGAUCUCAUGUACCAGUACUCUCCAAAGUGCAGUGCCUACAUGUGCUCCGAGAUAGAAACAUCCAACCAGCCACAUCGACUGCGAUGUUAUCGAUGUUACUACUUUCAUUGGUGUAGUCCUGCCUGUCGCGACUACAGCGAAGAAGUUCAAGACGUGCACACAAGCUAUUGCAAAGAGUGCCCCGGCAGCAAGGUGAAAGAGUGUCGGGCUCAAAUGAGCGAGUACUUGAACAUCCUCGAUGCGACGGUCCAACGCACCGACAAGGUCAAAUGUCAUGGAUGCGGAUUGCAAAAGGAGUAUAGCCAGUUCAUGGAGCGGUGCAGCAAGUGCAAGGCGAAAUACUACUGCAGCAAAUCUUGUCAGCGUUGGGAUUGGUACCAGGGGAACCAUAGAUUAAACUGCAAAUGUCCACCUUAG